CCAUUCUUCUGCCUCAGCCUCCCGAGUAGCUGGGACUACAGGGGCCCACCACCACGCUCAGCUAAUUUUUUGUAUUUUUUAGUGGAGACGGGGUUUCACCGUGUUAGUCAGGAUGGCCUCGAUCUCCUGACCUCGUGAUCCGCCCGCCUCAGCCUCCCAGCAUUUAGUAACUCUUAAAAGAGUUCAGCAUGAAUAUACACAGUACGUGGGUUAUUAGUACUGUGUUGUUAACACAAAUGAACUAUGAUAGCAAAUUGAAUUUGGUUCAAUCAGGUCAAAGAAUAAAAGGAUGACUUUCUUUAACCACCAGCAAAGGAUAGUAUAAUGAACCCCAUGCAACUAUCACUUAACUUCAAUAAUUUCAAGUUUGAGUAAGUUGCAGAGUAGUAAUUUGAACCCACAUCUCUCUUGUUCCAAAUCCUUUGCUUUUAAUUACAAUCCCAUGUGGCUUCUUUGUCAUUUGAUGCUAUUGAGCAACUUUAUGAUUUUUUUGGUGUUUUUGGUAAAAUAGACAUGAAAAGGCAUUACUACAGGGAGUUUUUUCACUCCCUGGUAAUAAGAGGGGAAAAGCACUCUCUUUUAAUGAUACAUGUUUUGUAAUAAGCAUUUUUUUUAGUUGCAGUGUUCUGCAAAGACAAAACCUGCUGAUACAGUUCAUCCUGUUUUAGAAAUCUUUGACCCAUUCAUCAGACUCUGACCACUCUAAAGAUAAAGGAUUAUGGUUGUAUUGGUUUUUCCGACUGAAGCGGCCUUCUGCAGAUUGAGAAAUUGUAUAAUUAUUAACUGCGGUAAUGGAGAUAAAUCACGAGUGGAGGAUCUCAAGUCCACAUUUUUUGGGGUGCUCCAGUUGCUCCACUGAAAAUGACAGUAUCAGAAGACACAGCUUCUUUAAUGUCUGUUGCUGACCCCUGGAAAAAAAUUCAGCUUUUAUACAGUCAACAUUCUUUAUAUCUGAAGGAUGAAAAACAGCACAAAAAUCUUGAAAACUAUAAAGUCCCAGAAUCUAUUGGUUCUCCAGAUCUUAGUGGUCAUUUCUUAGCAAACUGUAUGAAUAGACAUGUUCAUGUGAAAGAUGACUUUGUACGUUCUGUUUCUGAAACACAGAAUAUAGAAUCCCAGAAGAUUCACUCCUCUAUACUGAGUGAUAUAACUAGCUCUAAUAUGCAAAUAUGUGGAUUUAAAAACACAGUUCCGCAUUUAACCGAAGAAGAAAAGUAUCAAAAGCUUCUCAGUGAAAAUAAAAUUAGAGAUGAACAGCCUAAACAUCAGCCAGAUAUAUGUGGUCAGAACUUUAACACAGAUUUUUUCAGUUGGGCCAUAAAUGUGCAGCUGUGUUGGAUUUGGUUUGUAGUACUGAAAAAAUUAAUAUAGGGCCUGAAGUGGUACAAAGAGAGUGUGUGCCAACAGAAUAUCAUGAAAUACAAAACCAGUGUUUGGGAUUAUUUUCCUCCAACGCAGUAGAUAAGUCAAGGUCUGAAGCAGCAGUUAGGAAGGUCUCAGACCUUAAAAUAUCAACUGAUACAGAAUUUCUCAGUAUAAUUACCUCCAGCCAGGUUGCUUUUUUAGCUCAAAAGAAAGAUAAAAGGCGGAGUCCUGUAAAUAAAGGGAAUGUAAACAUGGAGACUGAACCAAAGGCAAGUUACGGGGAGAUAAGAAUACCUGAAGAGAAUUCGGUUCAGCUUGAUGGUUUUACAGAAGCAUAUGAAAGUGGACAAAACCAAGCAUAUUCCUUUGAACUUUUUAGUCCUGUUUGUCCUAAAACAGAAAAUAGCCACAUUCACAUAAACUCUGAUAAAGGUCUUGAAGAACAUACAGGAUCUCAAGAACUUUUCAGUUCUGCAGAUGAACUGCCACCAAAUGAGAUAUGUAUUGAGUUGUGUAGCUCAGGAAUACUGUGUUCCCAACUAAAUACCUUCCACAAAAGUGCUAUUAAAAGAAGCUGUACCUCUGAAGAUAAAGUGGGCCAGUCUGAAGCUCUAUCUAGAGUCCUUCAAGUAGCUAAGAAAAUGAAGUUGAUUUCUAAUGGAGGAGAUUCUGCUGUAGAAAUGGAUCAGAGAAAUGUGUCUGAAUUUAAGAGUAUUAAAAAAACAUCAUUAAUAAAAAACUGUGAUUCUAAAAGCCAGAAGUGUAAUUGUUUAGUCAUGGUGCUAUCUCCAUGCCAUGUGAAGGAAAUAAACAUAAAAUUCGGACCAAAUUCUGGCUCUAAAGUGCCUUUAGCAACAGUUACAGUAAUUGAUCAAUCAGAAACUAAGAAGAAGGUUUUUCUGUGGAGGACUGCAGCAUUUUGGGCAUUUACAGUGUUUCUUGGAGAUAUAAUUUUACUCACAGAUGUUGUUAUUCAUGAGGACCAAUGGAUUGGUGAGACAGUACUACAAUCAACAUUUAGCAGUCAGUUAUUAAAUCUUGGGAGUUAUUCAUCUAUUCAGCCUGAAGAAUAUUCCAGUGUAGUUAGUGACGUUGUACUUCAAGACUUACUGGCAUAUGUGUCCUCAAAACAUUCCUACCUCAGAGAUCUUCCUCCGAGGCAGCCUCAGAGGGUGAACAGUAUAGACUUUGUAGAAUUGGAGCACCUUCAACCUGAUGUAUUAGUCCACGCAGUACUAAGAGUUGUUGAUUUCACUAUACUGACAGAGGCAGUAUACAGUUAUAGAGGACAGAAGCAGAAAAAAGUUAUGUUAACAGUGGAACAGGCCCAAGAUCAACAUUAUGCGCUUGUAUUAUGGGGUCCUGGAGCAGCCUGGUACCCUCAACUUCAAAGGAAAAAAGGAGUGGUUCUAAUUAAAGCCCAGAUUUCAGAGCUGGCAUUUCCUAUUACAGCAGCUCAGAAGAUAGCUCUAAAUGCUCACAGUUCUCUGAAGAGUAUUUUUUCUUCUCUUCCCAACAUCGUAUAUACUGGCUGUGCAAAAUAUGGAUUGGAACUAGAAACAGAUGAGAACAGGAUCUACAAACAAUGUUUUAGCUGCUUGCCAUUUACUAUGAAGAAAAUAUAUUAUAGGCCAGCGUUAAUGACCGCCGUUGAUGGAAGACAUGAUGUUUGCAUCCGUGUAGAAUCAAAGCUGAUAGAGAAGAUUCUUCUCAACAUUUCUGCAGACUGCCUCAACAGAGUGAUAGUUCCUUCCUCAGAGAUCACCUAUGGGAUGGUCGUGGCAGACCUGUUCCACUCCUUGUUGGCAGUCAGUGCAGAACCUUGUGUAUUGAAGAUUCAGAGCCUUUUUGUGUUAGAUGAAAACAGCUAUCCAUUACAACAAGAUUUCUCCCUCCUAGAUUUUUAUCCUGACAUUGUAAAGCAUGGAACCAAUGCCCGUCUCUGAGGCCAGAGGAGGAAAUUGCAGGCAUUUCAAGGAAGAAGUACUGAAAUGAUUUGCCUUUUGAAAUAAAUGAAUGACAGGGCUUUUGCUUUGGAUUUUUUAUGAAAUAUAUUUUACAAAGAGAAUUGCACUAGAUAUAUAAAUUAAAACUUUUUUCUAAGAAAAUCCUGUGAGGUUUAAAAAGAUUGUUUUUGUCUUUUGGUUUCUUCCUUUCUCCUGGAGAAAUGAUCUACCAGUCAAGGCAAUAUGUAGCAGAUCCCUGGGAAUUAAAGGUUUGCCCAUUUGUUCACUGUAUUUAGUCCUUGCUACAUUCCAGGCAUUGUACUAAGUAUGGGGAACCACAGAGAAGACAUUCCCUCAGAAACUGCUGCAGUGCUUUCGCUUAUCCCUACCUAAAAAACCGUCAAUGUGAAAUCAUUUCCUUGAUUAUAACUAUAAUGAUAAUGGAUUAGUUUAUAUAAACCUAUGUUUAGACAAGUUCAAGACAAGCGUGUCUUUCUAUAAAAAGUAUUGAAAAUGAAGGAAAUGAGAUCAUGUUUCAAUUUAUUAAAGCAGGGAAGAGCGUUCUGUGGUUAGUUCGUGUCUAGGAUUUGAGUGCCUUACUGAAUGUAUUUACCAGCAAACAUGUAGCAAUCUGUUCUCUCAUUGUGACUGUGGAAGAAGCUCAUGUAAAAUGAUAGUCAUUAAUGAGGAAGUAUGGCGUGGUACUUAUUCUGUAAGUUCAGAGUAUGCUGAGUGUUAAUAGAUUAUCAUAUUGCCUGAAAAUAAAUUCAUGAUGACAUGAACAAG